GCCCCCUAGCUGCGUGUUGAAUAAACCGGAACCGGAUGUGAUGUUUGAAAGACAUCAGCGCUACGACCGCGUUGGAUGCCUGGUCGACCUAGAGAUGAGUGGUGAGAACGUGAAGUUGUUUGUGGGGAAUCUUCCUAUAGACGCAACUCAUGAAGAAAUAAGUAAAAUAUUUUCUCCAUAUGGAGAGAUAAACACGUGCUCAUUGCUCAGACAGUAUGCCUUUGUUACCCUGAAAGGAGAAGGGGCAGCAGACAGGGCCAUACGACAUCUCGAUGGCAAAGAGUAUCGAGGCAGACCCUUGGUGGUAGAGGAGUCACGCGCCCGCCCACCCAACUCCACAAAAAUAUUUGUUGGAAACCUCAGUGCAACAUGUUCAGCAGAUGAUUUGCAUGGGCUGUUCUCAACCUUUGGCAGAGUUUUAGACUGUGAUAAAGUCAAAGGUAAAAAAUCAAGAUUAUGUUCAAAUGUCGGCUAUGCAUUUGUGCAUAUGGAGAGGAAAGAGGAGGCCCAGGCAGCAAUCGAUGCUCUCAAUGGGACCAUGUUCAAGGGGCGUCAGUUGGCUGUAGAGCUGUCCAAAGCCCAACCUUUGGUAAACCAAAUGUCAGGAAAUUCAGCCAACUCUUCAGGUGACAGAGAAGGUCUUCUUCCCAGACCACCUCCUUCAUUAGAACAUCAUCAGAGUCAGGCAGCUGUGUUAGCUGCAGCUGCUGCCGCAGCUGCUGGGUUGCCCAUUCAAGUUCAACAAAGUGUCCAUAAUUCAUUUUACAACACAACAUCCUUUGAUCCCACAUAUGCCGCUCUGAGAGGCAUCACAAGCUCUAAAGGUGCAGAUGGGGUCAUCUACGGUGCUCUUGCCAGCCAGGUGUAUGGUUCUGUAGCUGACCAAGUGUACCAGGAACUGGCAAAUCACACCACGGCGUCAGUGGAAGAGGUAGAACCACAGGCUGCACCUGAUCCAACCACGCUGUUUGAAGCAGCAAGAGCCAAGUUUUUUCAAGAAGGGCAAAAGGUACUAGCAGAGCAGCAGGCAGGCCGAAAACAAGCAGCCUCGGAAAACGAGCGGGACCGCAGCCCAAUUAGAGGUAAUCGAGCCCCUCUUCUUCCCGAUCCUGUUCCGGGUUCCUUUGCUCAAGCGCGACCAAAACGACGAGCCCUGCUGCCGACUCCGCCUGGAGCACCUGAGGACUCUACUUCUGCUGCCAUGUCUCCCGAAACAUCAGAUCCUGUUGCUAGGUCUUACUCCGAGUACUACCAGCAAAUGCAUCAGUACCAACAGUAUCAACAGUACCAGCAACAGUACCAGUACCUCCAAUAUGCGUACAGCAACCCCCCUCCUCCACCACCCCCUCCACCUGCCACAACUACCACCACACAGGCACAAACGUCUACUGUAGCCCCUGCACCCCCAGGAACAUAUUCAGCACCCCCAGUAUACGCCGGAUCUGAAGCCUAUGCCCCCCCAGGAACGUAUGACACUUCGGGAGGUUACGACGCCUCGUCAGGAAGCUACGAUACUUCAUCUGGCAAUUAUGAUGCUUCCUACGACGCUUCUGCUGGCUAUGACACUUCUGGAGGCUACGGGGCAUCAGGAGCAUAUGAUUCAUCUGGAGCUUAUGCGGCAUCUGGAAACUACUCCACAUCCACACCGUAUGAGCAGACACCCGCACACGGGCAACCCGUGCCCCAGGGUCACGAUUACCCUUACCACACGCCAGAACCCCCCUAUCGAUAGUCCCACCCCCACACAUUCCUUACACACUGUAGACGUGUGUGAACGCAUGUGUAUUUACAGUAGGGACAGUUGAAACAAACAUCCCAGGGGGAAGCAAGGUCGUAAUCAAAAUGCUUUAAAUCUAAAGCAUAGUCCUUUUUUACAACUUAAUUGUUGUCUGAGUUAGCUUUGUCUUUAGACAAGUGAAGAUAAUGAAGACAAUUAAACUUGGAACAUUUUUCACUCGUAGUUUUGUUUAUAGUCUCUGUUGUAUGUUGUAGAGGCACCACUGAUUCCUUGUUAAAUCAUUAUAGGUUAAGGUCAAGAAGAAGGUUAAAUUUUUGAAAUAUUCUUGGUGCAUUAAGGCCAUCAAUAGUUUGUGCAGUCCAGUGUUUGUUACAGUUGGUCAUGAAGUUGGAUGCCACAUGAUUUGGGCAAAAUACUGGUCAGCAAAUGGGCCCAUUGUAGGUUAGGCGUACAUUUCCAUGAUGCUAAAAAUUUUAAAAAUUACUUUAAAAGGUUGUUGUACUUUCGAAGUAUUACAGUUUCCUGGGGAUCUUCUGACCGUGGUUCUAUUCAAUGUUUUGGUGGAGAUGAGAUUUACCACACUGUUGCGGCAGAACACAUGAGGCUCAAAUUAAGAAAAGUAACAUAAAACGUGGGAUGAUGGCAUUUCUGGAGAGAUACCAAAGACUGUAGCGGAUUGAGUCGGUCUGGUCAUGCGUUUUAGGACAAAAUUGCCUCCCUGUGAGGGAUUCAGUCUAGCAACUGGGACUCUCUGUUAUGCCCAACUGUAACAAUCACUUUAAGGGAUACAGUCAAUAGCAUUUGUAAACUGAACGAUUAUAGUGAGCCCAAACUUCUUUUUCUUUUACUGCUAUUAUAAAAAAAGUUUGAUUUUAGGUUCACAAAGGGAUACAAUUAACUUGAAACUUUUGUUUUUACGAUCUUACCCGUUUCUUUGCAUGAGGCAAAAUAUGUUAGUAAGAGACACUAUAUAGUCAUAAGCCACUCUGCAUAUUCUUUCUUAGUUUAUCUCGAAGUCUACUUAAACAAGGGUCAGUUUUUUGCCUCUGUAACAUUAAAACAGAAAAGUUUCAAAAGUAUUUGAAGUUCAGUUCUGUGCUCAAAUGUUUAUAAAAACUUUCUUUUACAAAAUGCAAUCUGAUGAUUCCCAUCAUAUGAGUUUAGGCUAUACUGGGUUGGUGACGGCGAUGUCUCUUUGGUGUUGAUGUACAUAUGUGAACUUAAUUGAGCAAUGUUUAUAGGCGAUGUGUGGCUGUUCUUGGAUUCUCAGCAUUAUAGACGGUCAUGUUUCCAAUUUAACUUUUGCGUUUUCUAUCUCCGACUUUUCCCUCUUCAUUGGUUCAUCUGUUUUCAUGGAAUUCCCAGCUGGUUUUCAUGCUAAAUUUACACUUUGGCACUUGUGUAAAUAUCAGCCCUUUUUUUCGUCACAGUUUAAGACGGGGAAAAAAGUGUUUCCUGUCACUAUUUGACUGCUAGAUGACGCGAUUGUAUUUCUUUAGCAGGCGUAUUUGUAGUUCAGGGAAGCUGGUCUGAACUCAACCCCCUUAAAAGAAUGAUAGUUGUGCUUGUUGUAAGUAGGGCUUGAAAACAGGCUUUUGUUGAAGGAGAAAACAAACAUUGUGUGGUAUGAAGUUAUGGUGAUAAAAGCUGUGGUAAACGGUGAUUGACCUUUUUGGAGAAUGGAAAAAGAUCAGGAAUAUUAUUUGCUGUGGUGUGGUUGCGCGUUGUGAGGUUUCUAGCUGCAUGAAUAGGACGUGAUGGAAGCGGUACUCAAGAUUGUUUCAUUAUUUGAAUUUCUUAACAGCGCUGAGUGCGCCUCCAUGAUUUCUCCUUUUUCUCUUAUUUAAUCCAACCAGGAACACACACCAUUGUGAACCUUGGCUAGGAUUAUUGAGUUUCUUUGCAUUUAUAUCACACCUAUAUAGAUGUGAAAUCCCACUCGUAGAUAAGAUUUCACUGGGUUUCCUACAUCUUGAUUAUUUUUAUAACAAACACGUGCAAAGGAUGCUAAUGCACAGCUUCAACAUUCUACAGUUGUUGCUUUGAUGUUUGUUGCUCACAGUUGCUCACCUUUUCUUUUAUUCAGCACUUGAACUGAGGGGCCUUGUAAGGCACAAACAACACACAGCGACUCUACAUUUUCCACACUUUCUCCAUUUGAACUGUUAGUUGCAUGCCUUGUUGUACUGCUGCUCCAGCCACCUUCUUCCUCUUGCUGAUUAUUACAGCUAGAGUGGGAGGGAGCCAAACUGAGCCCUUGCCCUGGACGUACGCCACACGCAGCUGUAGAGUGGGAAGGGGAAAACAGCAGCGUUAGGCCUGAAACUGCUGUGGACGAUGGGGUGUCCACCCACUAAGGUAAACACUCAGACCACACACUCCUGCCCCUCCCCUGAAACACGCGUUCACACAAGCACACAAAUAUAGUGCCGAAUCACCCGUGACUCAUCGUAGCCCCCUGACUCAUCUCUAUGGAUUUUUCUUUCUAUUUAUUUAAGUUUAAUUUUUUUGGUCUGGAGUUAAAAUUUCUGGAAAUGUGUCUCUUGCUCCUUUGCUUUUUUUCUUUUAUUAAGGGAAAUCUUCUAUUUAAUUUUUUCCUCUUGAUUUUUCUGCUCCAUUUCCCAAUUUUUUGCCUUUUAUUCAUACAUUCCUGCUUCAAACUCAACACGUCCCAUACAAUUCUUAAAGGGUGUGGUUAUCUCUUUACAUCCACAUCCACAACAUUUCAGUACCAAAUGACCACGGCUGGAUUCAGGAUCUUUUUGUGGAUGGGUUGUUCUUCUCCUGCAACCCUGUGACCACAUUGGGGUUAAGUGCCUUGCUGAAGAGCACACUGGUAGGCCCUCCAUUAGAGUUGAAAAACCUGGCUCAGGAUCGGUUGCUGGUUCAAUGCUCCCCCCCCCCCCCCAACCCCCUAAACAAAACCAAUUUCAAUGCCACAUUCUACUUGUACGAAUGACAAUGGACACGGAUGCUACCAUGUUGUUUUAAAAUACGUUUUGUUCUUUGUUCUGUUUAAUUAUCAAUAAAUGAAUUUCAACUUG